AUGCGAUGGACUGGUGGUCUGGCAGGUGCCCUUGCCGGGUCACUUGUCUACCAGGCGAUGCCAGGCCAGGCAAACAUGGCGGACGUGGACCCAGCUGAAGUCUCCUCGUCUGUCAGUGCCUACCUGGCAGCACAUCCUAUCUCUACACGCAAGGCCUCUCAAACUCCGGAUACAGCCAGUUUGAAGGCAGCUGUUUUGGCAAACGCCACCUCGCCCAUAUCACACGCAGCGAGAAGCCGGUGUCCUGUAAGCUGCAGUGAAAGUGGUCUGGACUCCACUGCUUGGUCUGUUUAUCAUCGCUUGGAACGGCUGGAUCUGUGUGACAGCCCUAUGCUGUUAGACUUCAACCUGUUCAAUGAGCUGGACAAUCCAAGAACACAUCUCAGUCUUGCAGCUUGCUCUGCAGAUUUUGAAUUAUCUUCUUUGGCGAAUCGAGAGACGACUAAUAAUACCAGCUGUUUGUCGAACUCUGUUAGCCCGUCCACUGUCACCUCCUCCAUCCAGAUGGCCUCGUCUGGUUCUACCUCUUCCAUUGCCACCGCAGACGUGGUCAAUCUGCUAGAGCAGCUUCAAGCUGCCUUCGCCGUCUCUCAAUCCGACUGCAAAGAGAGGAUCCAAGUUGCUUACACCGACAAGGCGGCUGUGGGCGUCUAUCUUGGCUCUGCACUGAGCAGCCAGGGGGUCAUCUUGCCUGUGUUAGAUAAGCUAAUCACUCAAGUUCAGACGGAUAACAGCAUUGCUCAGGAGACUAUUGUCCAGUUAUGCAAUAAUUCGACGGCCAGGUACUCGCUGGGUGUCUUUGUUAGCACCAAUGCUGACCUCUCCUCUACACAACAAGCCAUUCAGUCCUGGCGUAACAGCGGCUGUUUGACCACCAUGGAGGAGUGGACUCCAGACUGGGAUACCCUCUCAUUUCUGGCGCCGUCCUCGCGCUUGAACUCCUCGCUGGCCACCAACUCUACUCGUCUGGCUACACGAGAACUAUUGCACCGCCGCACACACUCCGACAAGGAGCUGCGCCAUGCCCAAGAAGCCAAGAAACUGCAGUCUCGUGACGACAGUAACGAGUGCACCACUAUUCAAGUUGUCUCGGGCGAUUCUUGUAGCACCCUAGCCACCGAGUGUGGUAUCACGGCUGCUGAGUUCACUAAAUACAAUCCCUCGUCCGAUCUCUGUUCAACCCUGGUCGCUGGUCAACAUGUUUGCUGCACCGCCGGAGAUCUGCCGAACUAUGCUCCCCAGCCUGACACUGAUGAUAACUGCUAUUCGUAUACCGUGCAGACUGGGGAUACCUGCUCGGCCUUGGCCGCGGCGUAUGAUAUUACCGUUGAUGAAAUCGAGGCCUGGAACACCGGUAGUAAUGGCACUUGGGGUUGGAUGGGCUGCAGUGACCUGCUGGUAGGCAGCUAUAUCUGUCUUAGUAACGGAUGGCCGCCGAUGCCGGCCAAUAUUCCUAACGCGGUAUGUGGCCCUCAGGUCAAUAAUACCAGUACUGCACCCCAUGGAACCGAUCUCAGCACCUUGAACGAAUGCCCUCUUAACGCCUGCUGUGAUAUCUGGGGUCAAUGUGGUAUUACCGCGGACUUUUGCACGCCAUCGAACUCGACAACUGGAAACCCUGGGACAGCAGCCAGCGGCGAGAAUGGCUGCAUCUCCAACUGUGGCACAGAUAUCAUCGUUAGUGAUGCCCCGGCUGAAACGUACUCGAUUGCCUACUUCGAAGGAAGUGACCAAACCCGAUCCUGUUUGGCUAUGUCGGUGGAUCAGAUCAACACCACCUUCUACACGCACAUCCACUUUGCCUUUGCCACAAUCAACAGUGACAUGACCCUGAGCGUAGACGGCAUGGAAGAUCAGCUUUCUCUGCUAUCCAACAUGACAGGAGUCAAGCGCAUCCUGUCGAUUGGUGGAUGGGACUUCUCUACAGGUGCUGACACCUACAUGAUCUUCCGCGAUGCUGUCACCUCGGCAAAUCGGGACACACUGGUCAGCAACGUGGUCAGCUUCCUAGACGAAUAUGACCUGGACGGUGUGGACUUCGACUGGGAGUACCCUGAUGAGCCUGAUAUCCCCGGCAUUCCCGCAGGUACCACUGCAGACGCCACCAACUAUUACAUUACCCUGCUCGUCCUCAAAGACGCCUUGCCAUCAGAUAAGACAUUGUCUAUCACCGCCCCUGCGUCUUUCUGGUACCUGGAACGGUUCCCUAUUGAGGCGAUAGCCUCUGUUGUGGAUUACAUUGUUUACAUGACCUAUGACCUACAUGGGCAAUGGGACUACGGCAGUGCUUUCGCGGACAGCGGAUGCGAUACUGGCAACUGCCUGCGUUCACACGUUAAUCUCACUGAAACCCUCAGCUCCCUCUCCAUGAUCACCAAGGCCGGUGUCUCGUCGAACAAGGUGGCUGUUGGAGUGGCCAGUUACGCCCGAUCCUUCGAGAUGACCGAGGCAGGUUGCUGGACUGACAUGUGCACUUAUACCGGUCCUUCCUCUGGGGCGUGGCCAGGCCCUUGCACAGAUACUGCCGGGUAUAUUGCGAACUACGAGCUGGAGCUGGUGAUGUCGGAGAACCCUACCGCGGAGCUUUAUUGGGACGACGACUCGUACAGCAACAUCCUGGUCUUUAAUGAGACCUAA